UCCCCAGGGCUGCCAGAAAACAACAGAAAGUGAUCUCUGACCCAGUGCUGUCCUUGUCCUGGCUGCCAGCAGAGAGGCCCGUGCAAGAGGCAGAUGGCUGGCACCAGAGGCCCGCCCUUUGCUUCCUGCCUCAGCUGGUCCAACAUGGAAGACGCAGGCUUCAAGGUGAAGCUCAAGGACUCCAGCUUGCCAUGCCAGGGCCAGCUGCUGGUCUACACACAGAACUCCUGGAACACGGUGUGUGCACAGAGCUGGGGCCUGGAGGACGGCUCCCCCCCGGACUUCAGUCCUGCUGCCUACCUCUGCCGCCAGCUGCGCUGUGGGGACAUCUGCAGACUCUCUGCCUUGAGUAUACCCCUGCCCCAGUUCCACCAGCUCACCUGCCACGGAACCCCAGGGUCCUUCUCCAACUGCAGCAGCAGCAGCAUCCCAAGCUGGUGCCAGCCGCUGGGCCUGGUCUGCCUCGAGCCCCCGAGGACCCUACCACCACCCACGAAACCCCCACCGCCCACCACGCCGGCGCCCACAGCUCCACCCAGGCUGUGGCUGACGCCUGUGUCCCAGAGCCUGCAGUGCGCAGGCACUGUCGAGUUCUACAGCGGCCACCUGGGUGGUGCCAUCAGCUACCAGGCCCCAAGCGACAAUGAGGAUGAAGGGGAUGCGCUCCGGGGCCUGGGCACCCUUGUCUGCAGAAGCCUGGGCUGUGGCUCCUUCCUGAGGGGGCUGCCGGGGCCCGGAGCCCCAGUGCGGGUGCAGUGGACCGUGCGCAACGCAAGCUGCUUGGCCCUGCCGCAGUGCUUCCAGCGGGCGCCACGCGGGGCUACCAGCCAGGCCCUGGCCCUCCUCUGCUCGGGUUUCCAGCCCAAGGUACAGAGCCGCCUGGUGGGGGGCGGCAGCGCGUGCCAGGGCACUGCGGAGGUGCGCCAAGGAGGCCCGGGGACGCGCUGGGCGGCCCUGUGCCACGGCCCCGGGGGCGCGGCGCGGUGGGAGGAGCUGUGCCGGGAGCAGCAGUGCGGCAGCGCGGUGGCCUUCCGCGUGCUGGACGCUGGCGCGGGCCCCCGCGGGCUCCUCUGCCCGGAGAAGCUGCUGUCCCAGUGCCACGAGCUGGAGGAGAGGACGCCCUGCAGGAGGGUGCACGUCACCUGCCAGGAUCCCCACCCGCCAGGCCUGGCCGCGGGCACCGUGGCGAGUGUGGUCCUGGCCCUGGUGCUCCUGGCUGUACUGCUCGUGGUGUGCGGCCCCCUGGCCUACAGGAAGCUGAUGAAGAGAGUCCGCCAGAAGAAGCAGCGGCAGUGGAUUGGCCCAACGGGGAUGAGCCAGAGCAUGUCCUUCCACCGCAGCCACACAGCCACUGUGCGGUCCCAGGCUGAGAACCGCCCAGCGUCGCACGUGGACAAUGAGUACAGCCAGCCGCCCCGGAACUCACGCCUGUCCGCCUACCCAGCCCUGGAAGGGGCCCUGCGCCUCUCUGCCGCCCAGCUUGACAACUCCUCGGACAGUGACUACGACCUGCACACUGCUCAGAGGCUGUAGAGCCCCACCAGGACUCGCCCGGGGACACACGCCGUGGCAGGGGAAGACAAAAUCGAGCCGCUCUCAUCUGCUCAAACACUGCUUUUGAAAAGACAAUUCAGGGCUCAAGAGCCCGCAUGGACAGUCUCAGGGCUAGGUGCUCCCAAGCGUCUCGCGCAGAGCUGCACAUGUGAGAGCCGAGCCUGCUGUGGGCUUUGCUCACCACGAGCCUGGUGUCCGGGGUGCUGCCUGGCACAUCGCAUGCAGCCAUGGAAGGUGCUGAGCAAGAGAAGAACACAUCACCGCACCCCCUGGAGCUGCGCAGCCCAGCAGGGAGAAGGCCACCCUGGGGGCGGGGGCGCAGCCAUCCUGAGUCUGAACCUUGAGAACGGCCUGUGGUCACUGCCACCCUUAACCCUCCAGAAAUGGACACCGGGCUCAGGAAACUGGCCGGACCUGCAUUCCCGCCCAGACAGACAUGCGGUCCCAGUCUACACUAGCCCACCAGGACAAGGCAGGAACCUGAGCCGCGGGGACCGGGCAAGGGCAGCCACCCAGCCUGGCCAGGGCCCUCCAUGUGGCCACCGUGAGUGAGGCCCUGCACCAGAGACUCAGGAUGCCCAGAGGAGCCCUUUUCCCACCCCAACUGCCCUGCCUUGGGGCCUUGGGCUUCCCCUCGGACUCCGCCCCUUAUACGCAGUGAAGGAGCCCCCUGGGGUUCUCUGGUACGCACUGAACUUGUUCGUUGAUGUAAAUAAGGCUUUUCCUACUUCCAAGGGCGUGGGUAUUCUGAGCUCUCCUGCCAGGCCCGCCCCACUGUCACAGGACCUGCCCUUCUGGAGCAACAGCCCACAGUUCAGAGCCAGCCCUGGCAGCACAAGGAGGACCUGGAGUAUUGGUGAACAUACCAGGAAACACCAGCCCAACAGGCCAGGCUGUGACAGCCUAGGAACCACAGCAGGCCACUAUCCUGCAGCCUCCCAGUCUGGGCCCCAGGCAGGGACUAGUGGCUGCUGUCGGGGAGACCCCAGGACUCGGGACCCUCCCUAAGUGACAGCUCUGUGACACCUGCCCACCACACUCUGGCCUCAAAGCCACCAGUUACUUUUUUAAAAAAAAUCCAAACAGGAAG